AUGGCUGUAGCGGUGCACGUUGUGAAUGCUUACGUGCCAUUAAAUCAGUUUGAGGAGGUGGAGAUAGUUCCAACGGUUGUCAGGAGAAGGCAAUUUCCUUCCUUGUCUAGGACUCAGUUGCUGCGAGCGCAAAUGCUCUGCCAAGACGGUAUGAGUGAGGAAUGCAAGAAAUACUUUGAAGAAUCCAUGCAGAAAGGUUCCAACACUCCUCCUUUGGUUGUUUUCAUGUUGAUUGAUUUGUCAGCUGGCGAGGGGUACUAUGCCGACUACGCUGACAUCGAUGAAGACGCUGAUGUGGGUGUCUUAUCCAUGCCAUACCCGCUCAAUUACGACUUAAUUCAAUCUCACAAAGUCUCGAUCUCCGGCACAAAGCCGUGCGGUGCUUGCUCUGAAGAAUCACAAGAAGCUUGACUAUGAUAUGAUUUGCUUUCUCUCAAGCUGUUUGUGGUGG